CACUGCCGAAAGCACGAGCCACGACCGGGACUAUGCGACAUCUGCCUGACAUACACUUACCCUGAUAUGUCGACAUAUAAUCCAUUGACGCGCCAUCGACCAUCUGCGCAGGACCAAUAUUUCUCACCUAUGUCGACGAUGUUUCUGCGCCUGGUACCAAUCGUGCUGGUGACCUUAGCGACCGGGGCAGGUCUCACUGACGCAAGCUAUGCGCCCACUACGAUGUUUGAGGUACCCGAGUCGGCCUACCACCAGUACGCGCAUCUAGCAGUAGAGCUGGCGCGCUUCAAGUCACAGUUUCGGCGACCGGCCUUGUACCUAUUGGGCCUGAGGAGAGUUUAUUGGCCGAGAGGAAAAAAUAACAUAGUCGUGGUCACCAUUGACGUCGCUGACUCGACCUGCAACAGGUGGCCAAGGAAACCACGGAACCACUGCAAGCCACAGGUAUCCUCGCCCAUAUAUUCCUGCAAAGGCAGAGUACUGGUCAAAAAUGGAGUGGAGUUCAUUAGGUUUUUGUGGACAAAGUGCUGGAAAAGCAUCUGUCGCAAACAUGACCACGUCGGCUACUCCUUCUAGAUGCCUCGGUUGAUAUCUAAAAAAUACACUUGGAGAAAGUAAAGAGAAAAUAUUGUGUUAGGAA